CUCUACUUGGACGAGGCACACAGCAUCGGAGCACUGGGACCGCGAGGUCGUGGUGUUGUGGACUACUUUGGUUUGGAUCCGGCAGACAUCGACAUUGCUAUGGGUACCUUUACGAAGAGUUUUGGCUCCGCUGGUGGCUAUUUGGCUGGUUCGGAGCGUUUAAUUGACUACGUGCGUACCCAAUCUUAUAGUUCUAUUUAUGGAGGCACAAUGCCUGCUCCAGUGUGUCAACAGAUCAUCACAUCAAUGCGAAUCAUCAUGGGUCGAGAGUGUCCCGGAGAGGGUGAACGACGGCUGAAGCAGUUGGCCUGGAAUACGCGCUACUUCCGAGCUCAUCUUCAUCAAAUGGGAUUGAUAGUCUUCGGUAAUCGUGACAGUCCAGUCAUUCCCAUUAUCCUCUACAUGCCUGGCAAAUUGGUCGCCUUCUCACGAAUGUGUCUUGAACGCGGCCUUGGAGUGGUCAUUGUCGGCUUCCCUGCUACGGCUCUUCUUGCCUCGCGAUCGAGAUUUUGCAUCUCUGCUGGGCAUACGAAAGAGAUGUUGGAUAAGGUGAGAUGA